GAAGAAUCUCCUCUAUAUUGUUCUCCAUUUCUUUCAUAUAAAUGACUCACGAGCCUCAUCGUUGCAUUUCAAUUUUGAGAUUAGUACGCCGGUCUAGAUUUACGUGUAGUAGCUACAUUAGUCACAUGUGCAGGUAGCAAAUUCGGUUAAAAGAUAGUGGUAUUUGUAACGCUUAGAAAAAAGAGUGUCAAAGUCAGCUGUGUACGUAACGUUUUUGAAACUUUGAUAUGUUGAGUUCAUCACACACGCGCGUCGGCCGCCGUGCUAGACGCGUUUCCAGUGAUGACGCGAAUAAUGCAGAACUUGGAGAAAUCAAACGUCAAACAGAAGCAGAAAUGAACAAGUUGGGGGCAAAGAUUGUCAAAGCUGAGAUAAUGGGCAAUACUAAACUUGCCAAAGAAUUAAAAAUUCAAUUAAAAAACGCUAGAGAAGCUGCAAAAAAUGUUCAGACAAGCAAUAUAGGAGAGAUUCAAAAUGUAAUUCUUACAGAAACAGAUUCAAAAGGUAUUGCAAGACCAUUAGAACCCAGAGUUCAAAUUACAAAAUCUUCGCAAAAUAAACGAAGAAGUGCAGGGACAUAUAUUUCUGGUAAAAAAGUGAGACAUUACCUUGAUGAUGAUAAAUACUCAUUAGAAAAUCUGAAUGGAGACAUGGACGAGAUGUUCGAGCAACAAAUUACAAAUGUUAAACUGAAUACUAAACAGAAUGAGAGAGAUCGUUCGCAUGCUAUUAAGGAACACAAACGUUUAUCAAAAUGUUUGGAUGAUUGUCAUUGGUGUGUUGAUUCAAGAUACAUGCUAAAACAUAUGAUCAUUACAAUGGAUUCUGAUAUUUGUUUAAGCCUACCUCAUUACACAUCUUUGACUUCCAAACAUUGUAUAAUAACACCUACUCACCAUAUUGCUUGUCAAUUGCAAUUAGAUGAAAAUAUUUGGGAGAAACUGAAGAUGUUUAAAGAAGCUUUAUAUAAAAUGUUUAUGGAUCAAAAUCUGUAUCCAGUGUUCUACGAAAUUUACAAGAGUCGUCACAAAUUUUCACACAUGAAAUUGGAAUGUGUUCCAUUAAAGAAAAAAAUUGGUGAAUUAGCACCAAUAUAUUUUAAGAAAGCCAUAUUGGAAUGUGAAACAGAAUGGUCAAUGAAUAAAAAGGUAAUCAAUCUUGAACAUAAGGAUGUGCGUAAAGCUAUUCCAAAUGGUCUAUCAUAUUUUAUGGUAGAAUUUGAAAGAAAUAAAGGAUAUGCUCAUGUUAUCGAAGAUGAGCAUAUGUUUCCUACAAAUUUUGCACAGGAAAUUAUAGGCGGAAUGUUAGAUCUAAAUCGGGAUGUGUGGCGAAAACCGAGAAAAGAAAACUUUGAUCAACAACGUGAAAAAGUAUUAAAAUUUUCAGAAAUAUGGAAAAAAUAUGAAUCUGAAAUUAAUAAAUCGUAAUUAAGCACAAAUUUGUAUAUAUAAAUGCAAUUUUUGUAAAUAUAUUUUUUUGUUAUAAAAAUUUUAGUACAGAUAAAGUUUUAUCAUUAUUUAUUUAUUUAAAAUAAAUAUGUGUGUAUGUAAAUAUAUAAUACACAAAUAUAUUACACAAAUGUUUAAUAUAACAUUUUACUGUAGUGUUUAUGUUUAAUAAAAACCUACCACUGGUACUUUUGCACAAUAUUCUUUCAAAAUAGAUGGAAAUAGUGAUAAAACUUUAAAACGUGUUCCCAUUUUAUCUUCAUCCAUUAUCAUAUGAUAUUGAGAUUUUAACGAUUUCUUUCUUUCUUCUGAAACAUUUUUUAAGAGCAUUUGUAAUCUUACAUCAAUUCCAAGGUUUCGUAAAAAGUUGGAUUGAUUUACUGGUCCGAAAGCUAUUAAUCUAUCAUCUUUUUCUGCAAUUUUUUUAAUAGCAGCAAAGUCAACAUCUGCUGUUAAAUCUGCAGUUCCUGGACAUAAUAGUGGAUCAUGUAUUUUGUGCUGAAAAAAUCCACGAAAAGUAUCAGUUUUAUCACCAUUAUGACCAUAAUCACAAAUUAAGGCAAAUCCACCAUGUUCCCAUAAAAAAUCCGCUAUAUAAUCCACUAUUACUAAGGUUUCUGGACUAAUUUCAAUAUGCUCUCUCUUUUCAUCAGCCUGAUAUAUAUAAAGUAGCAGGUGUCGAUGCAUUUGACAAUACGUAACGAAAUUUUUCUUCAUUGCUUCCUUGGACUAUGUCCACUAAAAUUUCACACCAGCCUCUGUCAGUUUUCUGAAAUUUAUGAAUUGGUAACGCAUCAAAAAACUCGUGCAUUAAAAAUAUACUAAAAUUCUUAGGCACAUCCUUAACAGAAUAAUACCAAUAUAUUUUUACUCCAUCUUCUGUAAUACCUUUUCUGUAAUAAUUGACAGAAUUAUCUUUCUUAAAUUCAUUGUUAUUCACAUCAUUUUCUAUAACUGUUUUACAUAAAUUCUUUGCCUGAAUCGAAGACAAAGUAGGACUAAUUUCGACCAAAUGUACCGUUACAUUAUUUAGAGAUUUAAAUUGUUUAUACACCCUUAAUAUAUCUUUAAUUAAAGUUCCUCUACCUGGACCUAGUUCAACAAUUUGGAAAGGACCUUUUGAAAUUUUUUGUGAUUCAUAUUUCAUCCAAAUAGCUAUCAUCUCUCCAAAUAAUUGCGUGAUUUCUGGCGAUGUUAUAAAAUCACCUUGUUUGCCAAAAACGUCUUUGUUCAUGUAGUAUCCUACGAUUGGAUGUGUUAAAACUUCUUUCAUGUAAUCGGAAACUGUAAUAGGUCCGCAGGCUAAAAUUCUCGAGUACAAAUGAUGGUAAAGACUUUGUGGUUUCUUGUCAUUCAAAGUUGAAAAAUUACACGAUGAAUAAAACAAAUAAUGUUGCUGAUAAUUUGGUAACAUUAUCGUAUUGAAUGGUUUACAACAUUUUACAUAUUUUUUAAAUAUUUGAGGACCUUUACAAACCCCCAUAUUGUCAACUCUUCAGCGUGUCCGAAAUAAACAAACUUACAGGUUACAUUAAGUUACAAUUGACUAAAGUUCUCAUUAACUAAAAAGAAAAUUCGUAUUCAAAAUUAUGAAAAUUAUGCGUAUGAAAUUUUUCUGCACAUCAUCAAUUAUGUUCACGAAUAAUUUCGAAUGUAGUAUUUCAUUUAUGUUAGUAGAAAACUAAAUAUUAUUCGAAUCGAUUGUUCGAUGUAUUAGAGCAGAAUUUAUAAAUCUUUAUACAUGCAUUUUCAAGAUAGAAAUCAUAAAAAUUUACAAAUCUUUUAAUUAGCUUCUUUGAAAAUAAAGAUUUGAUCAGUUUUUUUCAGACCAAUCUAGAUACAUUAACUAGAGUUCAAAUAUAUAUAUUGACAUGACAAACUAAUAUAUUAUAUGAUAUAUAUAUUUAUAGAACUCCAUAUAUAGAAUAUGGAGGUUUAUUCCUUUUUAAUUGAUAAUCUUAUAAUAAUUAACGUAAAAACACAAUAAAUGUUAUUUUAUUUAACUUUUCUGUACAAUGAUCAGUUUUCUCAAGCGUUUGACUUUAAAUUAAAUCUCAUAUUUUUGCCAUUCGUUUUCUUCCUUUUUUCUUUUUUAUCGACAUCGCCGCUCAUCUAGUCGUUAAAGAAGGAACUGCCACAAGAAAAGCUAUGUGCUACCAUCUAUUGAAAUUUGUCAAUGAAUUCCACUACUUCCAUUAUCUCCUUUAAAUCACAUCCGAUAUGACAGUAAACGUAAUUUAUUUUUGCAUAAUCAUCGGCACGUGAGAGUAUACGAAAAUCGAAUUGAAAUUAAUCAGCGUCAUGGCUUUUGUGACCGUUACUGGAUCCGCUAUAGAAGUAAAGCGAUAGACGACUGUAAAAUAUAUACAUUCUUAUCAGAUUUAACAAUGAAAUAAAAUCUCAAUCCUCACAAUCUUUAGUUCUCUAUUCUUCCACUUUGAAUGCUCUUAAUUUCAUGGCGCUGCGUGGCUGUCGUCAAAAUUUCUUUGGUACUCCACUAAUUUUUAUUUGCAGAAAAAAGCUGAUUAUUCGCUAAUUAUAUGGUCUAUGAACUUUUAUAAUUACAUCCUCUUCAUUGUAUUCCAAGUUUCCACCUCGUGCCUCAUUUGAUCUGUAAAAUAUAUUUAUGUAUUAUGUAUUAAGGCUUACUAAGUGUUAGGAGAGCCUUAAGAUGUGGGACACGAAAAAACAUCGUAUGUCGGAUCUAUUUUGUCCGUAAUCAAUGCUAUUAACAACUUAAACUGGAUGGUAAAUGCAGUAAAUGACUAGAGAAAAUCUACAAUGUGUCGAUCUGUUACGGAAAAUAAAUGGACACGAAGAUGAAAUUUCAGAAAUCAUUGCCACCGUUAGUUGAAGGCAAAAUUCAUGGUUAUUUGAAGUUUGUUGUAGACGAAGUUAUCUGGUCAAAGAAGAAUUUCGAUGAAAUUGAAGUACUUGUAUCUUGGUGGGGAGAAACUAAUAGAACUGAAUUUAGACUAACAGACAUUACAAAAGAUCUUGCAAGAUCAGAGCAGAAAACAACUGAAAUUUAUGCCAUUCGUACAAAUAUAAAUCUUUUUGAGGAAUAUAUUAAGAAUUGUCAAUAUAUCGAAUUAUUGGUUGUUAGUAAAGAGACCAAUACAAUUAUAGGAACAUCGUGCAUCACAGAUUUAUUAGAGAUCUUUAAAUGUAACUCGUAUUUUAGAUAUGUACCAAUAGUAACUAAUUUUGGAACUAAAAUUGGAGAGAUUCGUGUUUCUAUGAAGUUAGAGUAUAUGACAAAAUACUUUAGUAUGCAAUUAAAGCCACACAAAUCUGAAAGAGAACAGGCUGCUGAUAAUAUAGUACGUUCAACCAGCAAGAAUUUCAAGAAUCAAGAUUAUUUGUUAACUGAUAAAUGUAGCAUUGAUGAACAAGUAAAGUCUAAAGAAAAUGAUACUUACAAAUCUAUUUUAAAAUUGAAAAGGACAGAAUUUCAUGAACCUCUAAAUAAACUUGGUAAUGAAAUAACAGAGAGACUUGUUGCUCAGAUUGUUACAAGAGCUCAAAGACUCAGAGGAAAUUUAUUUAAAGAAAUAUAUGAUGAAGAUGAGUCGAAUUUUAGUGACAAUUCCAUAAAUGAUAGAUUACAAACUGACAUGUCUGCUAAAAAUAAAGAAAAAUUUCAUACAUGUGUUUCGUGCGAAGAUAUGUCAUCUAGUGGAAGUAAAAUAUGUACGUUAAAAUCAACAACUUUGCAUCCAAGUUUGACAAAUCUUGCAUCUAAUAGUUUAAAAAACUAUAGAUAUGAUACUAAGAAUACAACAAAUAUGUCUUCUUCAAGAAUGAAUUCUUUAACAGAAGAUACACUUUCAGAAAAAAGAUUGUGUAUUGAUACGAAAGAUAACGAUAAUAUCUUUUUAUCUGCAACGUAUUUUGCACAAUACGAUAUAGCAUUUGAUCACAUUAAGGAAACUGAAAAAAAAGAAAGUAAAUCUGUAAGAAUAUGUUCCAAAAAACAAAUAAAUCAAGUAAUUUAUUUUAAUCAUAGCAAUAUAUACAGAAUACCAAAACAUUAUACAGCAUUGCAAAUAAAAUUUAAGUUAUUUAUUCGUCAUGUUAAUAAAAAAUCAUUAAUUGAAUUAGGCAAUGCUAUCAUUCAAAUUAAUGAUAUAAAAACUAAAACGUGGAAAUUUGCACAACAUUUAAUUAUACUCAAUAAAGAAAUAAAAACAGGUGAAUUAAACGUAACUAUCGAAUUAGAUUCAGAUUUUAAUCAUUGUGAAAGACAGUGUAUUGAUAAUAUGUCUGUAAAGGAAAACAUUCUCAUUUUGGAUACACCACAGUUACUUAAUGAAACUAGAAAUAAAAGGAGCAAGAAUAUUAUGGAAAAUCAGUCUAAAACAAGUAAUGAAAUACCAUUAAUUUCAGACAGAGUAGUAAACUGUUCAACUAUUGAUAAUAAUUUAGUUACUAUGAAGAGUACUUCACAAUUAGCGAAAAGUAUAGAUAAUAAAGAAAUGGAUACAAAAAGUGAUAAAAAUAAAGUACAAGCUAAGAUUUUACUACAUGGUUUAAUAUACAUAAUUGAAGGAAGGGAACUAUCAGAAUUAAAUACAUAUUUAGUAUGUAGAGCAUUUUGGAAAGAAGAUAAGACUAAAAGUCAAGUCUGUAAUGAUACAAGAAAUCCAUUUUACCAGUUUUGUCAAUUAGUACCUCUUACUUAUGACAGUGAUUUAUUGGAACGUAUUAAAGACAAUUACUUAAUUAUUGAAGUUUAUUCUAAAAAUAAUAAUACAGACAACUUACUGGGAUUAACAAAAUUAUCUGUACAUCAGUUGUAUAUUGCAUAUAGAGAUCCACGAGUAUUGCCUUGUUUAUCAUUGUCAAAGUAUCCUGUGGUGAGUAUAGAUGGAUGGGCACCAAUUGUAGAUCCUGUAAAUGGUCAAUCUUGUGGUCAGUUGCUUGCAUUAGUAGCUCUUGGAACUGCUGAACAAAUUAUGUCAUUAAGGAUGUCAAGAUAUCUAGAAACUAGAAGUACUGCAUCACAGUUUUCUGACCUCACAAAUCAUUCGCAAAAUAGUUCUCAAAUGCAUACUGCCAAUAAAAUUCAAGGAGAAUCAUAUUUUUCAAAUUCGAAAACUCAAGAAUCUCAGACAGAUAUCUCAACUGUUAAAGAAUUCAAGUUCAAUGAAAAAUCACAGGAAGAAAAAGUUUCAAAUUCAGAAUGUUCUAUUUUACAAAAUACAGCUGACUUGACGCAACUUUUAAAUAUUAACAAGAUUAAUAUAGAUGAAGCAACACAAACUGAGAUAAAUUUGGAAAAAAAGCAACAAUCGGAUACAGAACAGAUAUGCUCAAAUGAAUUGAAUUGUAACAACAGUUCUGAUUACAGCGAUAACAAUAGCGUUAAACAUAAUCUUUAUUUACCGAUAGAAAUGUAUAGAAGCGUUGGAGUUGGUGCUGAGUAUAAUGAAGGAAAUGACCAACAACUGACCAGCAAUCACAGUAAUACAACAUUUGAAUCAUCAAUUAUAAAUCAUGUAGAAAACGAAUCAACGAAUUCAACAUGUAGUCAAACAAUGUUUAGAGCUAUUGUGGAGAUUGAGUGUGCAUUGCAUUUGCCAAAAAUAGAGAAAAUUAAUGAAACCAUUGAUCCAAGUACAUAUGUAUCAUUUCAGGCUAGUAAAUCUGAUCAUACAAAACAUUUAAAUUCGUACAUGAUUACUAAUGUAUUCCCACAUAGUUGCAACCCUAAAUGGAACUGGAAAUGUGAUACUAAAUUACCGACAGAACUACUUUUACAUGAUAAGAAGAGAUUGAUUUUAAAAAUUUGGCGUAUAUUAGAUACAAAUAUCAGCAUGGAAAUAAACUUAGAGAAAGAUAUUGUUAUUGGAUUUUCUGCUAUUGAUCUUUCUGUUUUAAUUAGUGGCUUUCCAACGGUAUCUGGUUGGUUUCAUGUAAUGGACUUCACUGGAAAAUGCAAUGGACAAAUUAAAGUAUGCAUAACACCAUUAGAUAAUUUAUCGUUAUUUAGUAAAUUAAUGACAUCAUUAAAUACAACCCGACCAGCAUAUUCUAUGUCACAAUUAAAUUGGGUUCCAUUGCAUGUUUACGAAGCACAUUCUUAUGAUAUAGAAAAAGAUAAAACGAAUAAUUCAUCAAUAGUUAUACAGGAAGAAGAGAAACCAGUACAUAAUGAAAAUCAAUCAAAUGAUUCUGUUACUCAUACUGAUUUUGAAGAUGUAUCUAUGUCAUUUUUAUCUUUAUCUUUAAAACAAAAAUUGACUGAAUUAGAUGAAAUUACAAAACGUCUAGAAUCACGAUUACGUGAUGUUACAAAUACGGCUUUUGAAGAUGAUUUGGAGAAUGAAUUUGAACUAAACGAAUCAAACAGUGAUAAUGAAAAUAACGAUUGUAAAAUUAUCACACCAAUAUUAUCUAUUGCCACAAAAGAUCACAAUAGCAAAAUGUAUCAUAAUACAAAUACUAGAGAAAAUGAAGACCAUAACGUAUCAAAUGAAACUAGCAAUCAAAAUAUUUUGCCUGAAAUGUAUAUUAGUUACAACAAUGCAAUUAGUUCUUCUAAAAUAUUGAAUUCUUAUAGUAAGCAAAAUUUAUCAAAUGACAAUUCUGAAAUGGAACAAAGUGAAUAUUUAGUGCAAAAUAGUAGAACAUUGGACAAUACUUUCUCUGACUAUCCAGAACGAGGAACAAAAGCGCAUAUAAAUUAUUUACUUGAUAAGCUAUCUCUACAAAUUCCUGCAGAAUCAUGUUUGACCAAGACUAUACCAAUGGGAAAAAAUAUUAUUAAUUUAUUAACACAUUUACCAGAUAAUAAUAAUUUACAAAACAGUAAUAAAUGUAAUCAAGAACAUAAAACAUCUACAUUACAUACUCAAAUGGAUGAACAAACUAAAAAAAAUUUGGAAAAUCCAGUAACAAGUUGUGCGACCAAUAUAGAAAUUGAUACAUAUGAUAAAAGUUCAUCUCGGACAUCCAUGCAUUCACAAAUUUCUAAUAAAAUGUCAAAAGUGAUUCGUGAAGAAUUAAUUGCUGAAGAAAAUAGCAAUACAUCUAAAUGCGAUGAAUUAACAACAUAUCUUGUAACUUCAAAUGUUCGCCAUAUGGAUUUAAAUAAUAUUUGUAAUCCAUUUUUAUAUCAACAUUUAGUGCCUGACUUACAUUAUUCACAUACACCGUUUGAAGAAGAAAAUAUUAAACAAUUGGAUAAUCGAUAUAGUAAAGUUUUUACUAAAUCAAUAAGUAACAGAUUAAAUAGAAUACAUAGUUUAAUAGAAACUAAUUUGUCUUUAGAAAAUGCUGAACAUUUUAAAACACCAUCUGGAGUGUCGGAAAAUAUAUUAUCUGUGCUCCAUAAUACUAAUUACAAUGAUCUGUUAGCAAGUAAUAGUACAGAAUCUACUACAACUAUAUCACUUAAUAAUUCAAUGAUAAAAUCGAUUGAUUCAGAAGUAGUUGAAAAUAGUGAUUCUAUAUCCUCUAAAACAUCUGUUCUUGUGUUUUCAAGACAAGCUCCUGAUGGUGGUAAUCCUAUAGAAGAUAAUAAAAAACCAUUAAUUACACAACAGGAUGAAGUUCUUCAUUUAUCAUCGAAUGAUUAUAAUUAAUAUGUAAAUCUAUUACACUCAUAAUUACAAUCAUAAAUUACAUUUACAAGUAUAUAUUUUUUUUAAUUAUAUUAGAAAUAUUUUUUUAUUGUACACAGUAAAUAGAUGUGAAAGUAAAAUUCUAUAUACAUUUUAAUACAUCUAUUUAAACAAAAGUAGGUAUUAUAUUUCAUACAUAGUUUAUUAUUUUACAAUUUGUAUAUAAUUUCUAAUUAUUAAUUAAUAACUUAUAUAAUAUUUAAAUCUUGUUGAUACAUUAAUAUAGAGAUAAUAUUGAUUAAUCUUUUUAUUAAAAGUAAUAUUUGUAUAAAAUGAUUAUUAUAUUUUAUAAUAUCAGUAUAGGAGAAUGUAUUAUAUAUUUAUUACCAAUUUAAGAAAUAUAUUAUUUAGAAUAUGUGCUUUAUAGAAAUAUACAUAAUUUAACUAAUUUUGUAUAUUUUUUCAAAAUUAUUAAUUCUAAAAUAUAUGAAGAAUUAUAAAAUAUAUAAAAAUUUUCUUUAAUAAAAAAAAAAUUCAAAAUUUCAUAGGUAUCCAUAAUAUAUAUAUAUAUAUUAAAAUUAAAUUUUACUUGCUUUGCCAGAUUUUUAAAACAAUAAAUUUUAUCUUAGUAUAAAGUAUGUAGCAUAAGUUAAUUUAUUCAUUGAAGUAAGUAGAAAGAUAAGCUUCCUUUCGUAUCCAUUGUAUAGCUCCUUUAGGAUGCAUCAACCAUAUUUUUGCAGUUGUAGUGUCAUGUUGAUGCAUGAUUGAACAGUCCCGUAUUUUCUAAAAUAAAUAUGAAUAAACAUAAAAUGUAUGCUCAUUUGUGUAUAUAUUUGAAAUAAAAUUUUACCUGGAAUUUUUCUAAUUUUCUUCGAUUGAAUCUUGUUUCCUUCUCAUAUUUUUUAUUCAUGCACGAUCUACAUAAAGAUAUUUCAUUUUGUAAUUGCCAAUAAUCGCCAAUUGGUUUCUUCCCACAUAUCUUGCAAAUAUCUGUGUUUCGACUACAACAUUUAAGAUUCACUCCAAGUUUCAUUUUCACUCUACCACCAAAACUAUGUUCUAAUAUGGGUUCCUUUCUUUUAAUACUAACAUACAUUCCUGGACUAUAUGCAUUAAAUAUUAUUCUAUGCACACGCGAUACAUAAUUCUUACAACUAUUCCAAUUAUACUAUUAUCAUACCCUGGAAUUGUAUUGCUAAUAAACGUCUGUCUUUUACUGUUCGAAUCAAAUGGAUACUUUGAUUUGUGUGUUAUCUUAGGAAACGUGAAAGUAUUGUAAUCUAACGGUGAUGGGUAAUGAUCUCUGAGUUCCUUUUUUAUAGCAAAUCUAGCAACGCCACUGUAACCUUUUUUACUGAUGCUAUAGGAACAGGGCUAAAAUAA